CCAAAGUGAUCCAAAGUGUGUCACUAUGGCUUGCUUUGCCAUGGGUGUUUUUCUGCUCUCGCUUCUACAUACUGCAGGCGGCGUUGGUGCGACGCCCCUUCGCUUCUCUGUCAGUGGCCAGUCAGCUGGUGGUUCCAUGGCCGUCAAUCACCUCUUUGCCUACUCGAGCCACGUGGAUGGUGCCACUAUCGCGGCGGGAUCACCCUAUGGCUGCGGGGUGCAGCCGGACGAGGAAGAUCGCUGCUACUAUGGUCAUGUAGAUAUCAAAGCUUCCAUCGCUUGGGUGUAUUGGCGACAUGAGCAAGGUCUUAUUGAUGAUCCGGCCAACUUGAAGAAUAUCCCUGUACUACUCUUCAAUGGCAAGUGGGACGAAUGUGUCUACACCAGGGUCAUGCAAGACACCUACAAGCAACUGCGGUUCUUCAUGAACGAGAGCAUGAUUUUCCAACGGUUUUCCACACAUGCAGCCCAUGUUUGGAGCUUGGACAAUGGCCAGUGCAGCUGCGGUACUUGCUCAGACUUUGUUGGAUCUUUGGAAUGUUGCGAUGUGAACAAUUGCAACUACGAUUUGAGUGGUGAUUCACUCCGGGCAUUCUAUGGCGAGAUCAAGCCACGAAAGGUAGCCCAUCCAACGCUUGUGCACGUGGAUCAGUGGAAGUAUCUCCCACCAGAGGCUACCUUCAAUGCGACGAUUGGCGAACUUCCAAGGGGUGGGCUGUGGAAGUUUGCCUUGGUCUAUGUUCCCGAAAGCUGCAAAGAACGUGUUGACUCCUGCCGCAUCCACGUAAACUAUCACGGAUGCAUCAAGAAGCGGUUGGACCGCAGGCGGUUGUGGGCAACCUCCAUCAAUCUCAACGAGUAUGCUGAGGCCAAUGACAUCAUUGUAGUCUAUCCGCAGGCCGCAGGUAGCCACGGCGAGGGCAUUGGGUGUUGGAAUUGGGGUGACGAGAAGGCUGACCACUAUUUUGAUACUCGAAGGGCUGUUCAGCUCAGAACGAUCAUGAAUCUCCUGGAGGAUCUUCCCAAUGCGAUUCAAAACGCAAAGAAUGUGGAGGAGCUGGGCAAUGUAGAGGAAGAUUCUGAAGAUGCGAAUGUAUCCGUUGCAUCAUUGGUCGUUUGAGGAUCGAACUGUGGCAUUUUCAAAGCUGCGUCGGUGCUCAAAGGGGAGCCCCUUGCUGUUUGGGCAAUGAAAAAGGCUCCCAUGCGCUGCUCUGGCAGAGAUGUCAACCCUGAAGCAAGUGAGGGGCCUGAGGCGUGGUUAAGAACCUUUGGAGGUUUGUCGGAGGCUGCUAGAGGACAAGCGGAAAUGGGCAUGCUUCCCACAACAGCAGGGAGGUAUAUUUUUGGCAACCGCGCCCCUCAGGAGCCAUGUGUUUAUAAUCUUUUUAGCUUUCGUGGCUUCGAUGUCAAUUGCACUAUUGACGUCACUUGUACUUACAAACAUACUUGAUGCUACGGCAUGGGGUGGGGUGGAGUUCUAUUGACGUCACUUGUACUUGCAAACAUAGUUGAUGCUGCGCCAUGGAUGGGGUGGG